AGAAUCUUUAUAAAGUGAAAAAAUCUCCACAACGAUCAAUUGAAUGCAAGGAACUGACAAGGUCUUGUGUUGAUGCUCGGGCUGGUAACAGCCUAAAUAUAGGUGUGAUCGGAUAACAUAAAACCUAACUUUGGGCGACCACAUUUCGAGGAAUCAGCGGUUAAAAAAUCAAAUUGUCUCUUGGCUCCAAUCAUUUACAAAGUUAUCUCGUUCAUGGAACGUGCCAGCAUUCGUUUGAUAGCUCUAGUGAUCGUGUAUAUAUUUUACCUGUCUGUGGGAGCUGCCAUUUUCUCGUCGAUCGAGGGACCUUAUGAGCAGCGCAUUUUGUCAGAUCUGAGACAAAAGAGAGAUGAUUUUCUUGUGAAACAUCCUUGUGUUUCUGACAAAGAACUUGAAAACUUUGUAAAGCAUGUUGUGGCGGCUCAAGACAUGGGAAUACCACCACUCGGUAACGCAAGCGAUAAAAGGAGUUGGGGAUUUGGUAGUUCGUUUUUCUUUGCGGGUACUGUCGUAACCACAAUUGGUUACGGGAAUAUUGCUCCUUUGUCGGGUGGUGGCAAAGUAUUUUGUAUGGUGUUCGCAGUGUUUGGUAUUCCCAUGACCGCUAUCAUGUUGACAGCCAUAGUAGAACGACUCCUUCAGUUUACUGAAGUAUUGGAAAAGUUUCUGUGCAGUACUUGUACCGUACGUGGUGUUCCGCCCGCUUAUCUGCGUUUCAUUCAUUUAUCACUGAUCAUGUGCGGCGCUAUCAUGCUUGUCAUUAUAAUUCCAGCCAUUUUCUUCAUGUUUCUCGAAGACUGGAGCUAUUUUGAAGCGUUGUAUUUCUGUUUUAUUUCCUUAACUACCAUAGGACUUGGAGAUUUUGUUCCUGGCGAUGACCCGAAGUGGCGGAGGAGCGAAUACCGCUCACUCUAUAAAGUCUUUUGUGUGUUUUUUUUCAUCACCGGACUCACAUUCUUGCUCCUGAUAUUAGAACUUUGUGCCAAAAUUCCGGAUGAUCACCCCGGGAUGCUUUUCUCGUGUCACAAGCCAUUCCUCCUUGAGGACGAGGCGGACGUCUCGGCCACAGCAUCUAAAGUGCGCCCGCGAUACUCUAUAUCGAGUAGAGGAAGUUCAUCGUCAUCGCCUGACAGGCAAAGACCAUCCAGAAACUCUUAUGAGAGAAUAUCCAGCCGAGACAAUGAAUCUAGAUGACGUGAAACAAGCUGAAAAAAAUAAUUAUGGUACAUAUUUUUGCCCAAACCCGAACAAAAUGGAUGCUUUUAAUAUAUUUGAAGUGGUGAAACUUCGCUUUGGUGAAGCUUCGCUUUGGUGAAGCUUCAUUUUAAGACAGCAAAUUAAAUUUUAAGUGGUUGCAUUUCGCUUCACUACGUCACGAAAUUAAUUUGCGAAGGUUAUUUAAAAGACAAGAUAUAAACACACAAGGGUCCGCUCAUUUUGUAAGAGGUAAUGGGGUUGAUGGGAUCUAGGGGGGAGGGGUUACACGAAAAAUGGCUUCAAAAAGCGGCCAUCCAAAAAAAAAAAAAAAAA